AUGAACAGCGUCUACGGAACUGAAAAACCUCGAUCUCUUUCGCUCAUAUCUUGCUGGGUUCUCCAGGCAAUCUUGCUAGAUAAAUCAGGGUUCAAAACAGUGAGAGAGCAGAUUGAGAUCAAACCCAGAGGGGGUAAUUGGAAUGAUGCAGAGAAGAAGAUGCGCUUGAGGAUAUUUAGAGACAAUGUGGAGUUCGUUGAGGCCUUUGACAAAGCUGGGACUCGCCCCUACCAACUGGCCAUCAACCAGUUUGCUGAUUGGACAAAUGAGGAGUUUCAAUCCUCCUGUAACAGAUAUAGAAUGCUCUCUCAUGGAAGGACUCUUAAGGUAGCUAUGUUUAGGUAUGAAAUGAGACUGCAGCUCCAGCUAGCGUAG